AUGCGCGCCAUCAAAUCUAAACCCUCAGCGGACUCGCCCUACUCAGAUGAAACUGAAGAUGAAUACAAUCGGAGGAGGGACUUGAUCGAAGAGCUUAUCGGCGAGGAGAACGACGACGUGCGUACCCACCGCCCCGACGGGACCUUUGAAGUGCUCAAUGAAGUCGUCGUGGACCGUGGGCCCAACCCCACCCUGUCCAACCUCGAUCUCUUUGGCGACGAUGAGCACUUCACCUCCAUCCUUGCCGACGGCAUCUGCGUGUCCACUCCGACGGGUUCCACCGCCUACAACCUCGCCGCCGGCGGCUCCUCUGCCACCCCGAAAAUCCCAUCAUGCUUCUCCUGGGCCAGCUUCGACGGCCGCGAACGCGUUGAACUUCAUCCCGGUGACUACGUCACCAUUAGCGCCAGCCGCUUCCCCUUUGCUACCGUCCAGGAGACGGCCGUCGAAGUGAGGACUGGAUCAAUAGCAUCAGCGGGAAGCUUGGGUGGAACACGAGGCAGAAGCAGAAACACUUUCGCGACUGAAAAGGCUGGCUAUGGGGUGCUAGGAACGCAACCGUGA